AUGGGCCAGGAGCAGUCCUACGUGACCGAGGACACUCCGCCUCUGACCCUCUCGGAGCGCAGCCUCGCCGCCGUCGCCGACUACAUCAAGUCGGGCCGCGCCCGCCGCAUCGUGGUCAUGACCGGCGCCGGCAUCUCGACCGCUGCAGGGAUCCCCGACUUCCGCUCCCCGGACACAGGCCUCUACGCCAACCUGGCGGCGCUGGACCUGCCCGAGCCCGAGGCGGUCUUCGACCUGGGCUUCUUCCGGCAGAACCCGGCGCCGUUCUACGCGCUCGCGCGCGAGCUCUACCCGGGCGCGCGCUACCGCCCGACCAUCGCCCACGUCUUCGUCGCCCUGCUGGCCCGCAAGGGCCUGCUGCGCAUGCUCUUCACCCAGAACAUCGACUGCCUCGAGCGCGCCGCCGGCGUGCCGCCCCACCUCGUCGUCGAGGCCCACGGCAGCUUCGCCACCCAGAGCUGCAUCGACUGCAAGGCGCCCUUCGCCGACGGCGAGCGCAUGCGCGCCUGCGUCGCGCGCGGCGAGCCCCCCCGCUGCGAGACGUGCGGCGGCCUGGUGAAGCCGGAUAUCGUCUUCUUCGGGGAGGCGCUGCCGCGGGACUUCUUCGAGAAGAGCGCCGCGGUCAAGGAGGCCGAUCUGAUUCUCGUCAUGGGCACGAGCCUGCAGGUGCAUCCCUUCGCCGGGCUGCCGAACAUGGCCGACCCGGAGGUCCCGAGGGUGCUGUUCAAUCUGCAGCAGGUCGGGUCCUUCGGCACGCGAGCGGACGACGUCAUGGUGCUGGGGGACUGCGAUGCCGGGGUGCGAAUGCUGGCGGAUGAGCUGGGGUGGCGCGAGGAGCUGGAGAGCUCGUGGCGGAAGCUGGUCGGUGACGAGGAGGCCGAGCGGCAGCUGCAGGGCGCUAAGAAGAGGGUUACCGCGCUGCGCGACGAGGUGACCAAGCUGGCGGACGAGGUGGAGGAGGUUCUUCACAUCGGUGAUAAGGAGAAGGGCCGCACGGAGAAGGAUGAGCCCUCGGAGCAGGACCUGGGGACUCCAGCCUCACAUCAUGCCGGGGAUGCGCAAGAAAAGGGACAGGCAGAUGCAACGCCACCGGCUGUUGAGUCUCAGUCGGAAGACAAGAAGACGCCGCACGAGGGUCCAAGUCCGCAUGGAGAGGAGAAGGCAGACGGCCCGGAGGACGCCAAGGAAAAGGAGAAGGCUGUCUUGUAAGAAUCUUGAAGGUCUAGCUCUUUGCGAUAUUUUGUCUUGGCAUCAGCAAUGGUUGGCAUACAUCAACGGGCAUGGUUGUCUUUGAAAAUGGAGUAAUGCAAGGUGCUCAAG